UCUUAGCGAAGCGGCGGCGGGAGGGGAGCCGAGGUUUGCGAGGUUGGGGGAUUACGGGACGGGGAGGGUGUGGGGGUGCCGGCCCAGGACCGGACAGAGUGUGCCGGGAUUUCUGCUCGCCGGGGGAUGCGCCUCACCUCACCAGAGCUGGGAGUUCCCCUGCUACUGGCAUUGGACGGAAAUGAAAGUGAAAGGGGAAGAGCCUUGGGUGGAGAAGAUCGCAGAGCCAUGAAGACCCUGCCUCUGCUCGUCGCUGUAGCUCUGGGCCUGGCCACCUGCGUCUUGGCGGGACCUGCGGCAAUCGAGUGCUGGUUCGUGGAAGAUGCAGGCCAGGGUGGCCUGGCCAAGAAACCCGCCACGCUGCUGCUGCGCCAGGGCCCCGGGGAACCGCCGUCCCGGCCAGACCUUGACCCCCAGCUGUACUUGAAAGUGGACGACCCCGCGGGCGCGCUGCUGGCCGCCUUCAAGCGGUACCCGGCCGGUGCACCGGCGCCGCAGUGCGAGAUGAGCCGCUUCGUCCCGUUCCCCGCCUCUGCGAACUGGGCCAAGGGUCUGAUCCCGGAGCAGAGCUGCCCGCGGGCCCUGGACGGAGACUGGCUGUUAGUCAGCGUGUCCAGCUCGAUCCUCAGCCUCUCCAGCCUGCUUCGGCCACAGCCGGAGCCUCGCCGGGAGCCCAUCCUCAUCACCAUGGCAACAGUGGUGCUGACUGUCCUUACCCACAACCCCGCUCCUCGAAUCCAACUGGGAAAAGACGCAGUGCUGGACCUGAGCUUUGCCUACAUGCCCCCUACCCUUGAAGAUGCUACCUCCCUGGCCCCAGGUCCCCCUCCCUUUGGGCUGGAGUGGCGACGCCAGCACCUGGGCAAGGGCCACCUGCUCCUGGCUGUGACUCCUGGGCUGGUCGGGCAGAUGCCACCAGCCCAAGAGAGGUCUGUGACAUUUGCUGCUUGGGAUGACAAUGAGCCCUGGGGCCCCUGGACUGGCAAUGGAACCUUUUUGCUGCCUGCAGUGCGGCCCUUUCAAGAGGGCAUCUACCUGGCCACCGUACAUCUGCCAUACUUGCAAGGGCAGGUCUCCCUGGAGCUCACUGUGCACAAGCCCCCCAAAGUGUCUCUAACACCAGGACCCCUUGUGUGGGCUGUUCCGGGAGAGGCACCCCCAGAGCUGCUCUGUCGUGUGUCUCAUUUCUACCCUCCGGAGGGUCUGGAGGUGGAGUGGGAGCUCCGAGGUGGCCCAGAUGGUGGUUCUAGGAGGGCGGAAGGACAGAAGUGGCUCUCCACCCUCCACCACCAUUCGGACGGCUCUGUCAGCCUCUUUGGGCACCUGCAGCCAACCCCAGUUACUGCUGAACAGCAUGGAGCACGCUAUGCCUGCCGUGUCCACCACCCCAGCCUGCCAGCAUCGGGGCGCAGUGCUGAAGUCACCCUGGAGGUGGCAGGCCUCUCCGGGCCCUCAAUUGAGGAUGGCAUAGGCCUGUUCCUGUCUGCCUUUCUCCUCCUUGGACUCAUCAAGGUGCUAGGCUGGAUGGCUGCCUACCUGACCAUUCCCAAAAACUCAAAGAAGAAGCUGAUGGCUGAGGGCCUGGCCACCCAAGAGGAUUCAGAGAAGAAAGCACAGUGAAGGCACUCACCAGCAUUCUGUGGCCGCCACUGUGAUCUUUGUUCCAAAUGACUGCAGGAACACCCCAAACAGCACCUUUCUCAUCUUCUCCCACUCCCUCCAUUGAGGGGCUGGGGUUAUUAUUUUUUUUAAGCCAAAUCUGGCACUCUGAAAGCUCUCAGGCAAUGGCUCUCAAGACCGUUUAAAAAUUAUCAUAAAGCCCAAAGAGUUUUUUGUUAUGUAGAUUUCAGCUACUCGUAUUUAUUUUACUAAAGUUGAAAAAGGGAAAAAAGCUGGGGGAAGGGUGUGAACGCCAUUAAUCCCGGGAGGUAGAGGCAGGUGUAUCUCUGAGUUCCAGGCCAGCCAGAGUUACACAGUGAGACCUUUUCUAAAACAAAAAGUAAAACAAGAAGAGGGAAAAAAAUAACACAAGCACACUGUGCUCACUGAGGGCUCAGGGUCAAUGCACACCACUGGGUUUCUGGGCUGCUCCACUGCAUACUUUUGAAUGACUAACGGAGAAGGAACGAGGUACCAUCUUCAAGUCUUGGGGACCCCUGGGACAGAGCACACGUUGAGAGCCGGUGCUCAGGAGCUAAACCUUGCCCCAGCCUCCUUGUCUCCCAGAGUGGACUCCAGCCCUAUCUGGCGCCCAGCCCUCCUCUCAAACGCCAGCCAUUCCUUUUCUCCAGUGAACCAAUCGCUCCGUUCCCUCUGCCUGGUCCGCCCUUGCCCUCCCCCUUAAAUGUGCAAAUCGUCCAUCUCCCCUCCCUGGCCGGAACCAUCUAGUGUGCUCUCCACUGUUCCCCGCCGGGUGGCUUGGAGGAACGAAGCGGCGGCGGCGGCGCUUACGGCCUACCCUGUGCCAAUAAAGUGAUUCUGAAUCUC